GCAAGGAUCGCACACAGUAGAGGCACCUUGGGGUACACAAUGGUCCGGUAACAGGAGUCCACCCGGCUGUCCACACCUCUCCAUCGAAAGAGAAACGGCCCGGUGGCUGUUCGCUUUGCCCUUGCCGAUUGACGGAGCCCAGAGAUUCAGGAAAGACUUUGGCUUCGACUCAUAACUUAAAGAGUCCCUGGUUGCCGCGUUUCUGCCACUACAUGCCAUUCUUUUUUUUGAUUUAUUUUCUCAGACCAUCCCGACCUUGCUCCUCUUCCACUUUUCACCAUGACAGUUCCCAGAGAAAUUGCCCAGCCCACCGGUGACAAGACCGCCGCCCAGUUCAGCGUCUCUCCUUCAACCUUCCAGUCCCCCAUCUCCAGUUCCAGCUUCAUGGCGUCCGCACUCGCCCAUCGCUCUGCGCCCAAGCAGCUCAAGCCCUUCAACACUGAGGACGUCAAGAUUCUGCUCCUUGAAAAUGUAAACCAGACCGGCCAGGACAUCCUCAGGGCCCAGGGCUACCAGGUUGAGUUCCUCAAGACCUCCCUGCCCGAGGACCAGCUCAUUGAGAAGAUCAAGGAUGUCCAUGUCAUUGGCAUUCGCUCCAAGACCAAGCUGACUGCCAACGUUCUUCGGGAAGCCAAGAACUUGCUCGUCAUCGGCUGCUUCUGCAUUGGUACCAAUCAGGUUGACCUGGACUAUGCUGCUCAGCAUGGUAUUGCUGUUUUCAACUCGCCUUUUGCCAACUCGCGCAGUGUCGCCGAGUUGGUGAUUGCUGAGAUUAUCACCCUCGCCCGCCAGCUGGGCGACCGCUCCAACGAGAUGCACCGCGGCACCUGGAACAAGGUGAGCGCCAAGUGCUGGGAGAUCCGUGGCAAGACCCUUGGUAUUGUUGGUUACGGCCACAUUGGCUCGCAGCUGUCCGUUCUGGCGGAGGCCAUGGGUAUGACCGUCAUCUACUAUGACGUCGUUACCCUGAUGGCCAUUGGCACGGCUCGCCAGGUGCCUACUCUCGAGGAUCUUCUGGCGGAGGCCGACUUUGUCACCCUCCACGUCCCUGAGACUCCCGAAACCAAGAACAUGAUCUCCAACGACCAGUUCGAGAAGAUGAAGACCGGCUCCUACCUCAUCAACGCCAGCCGUGGUACCGUUGUCGAUAUCCCUGCGUUGAUCAAGGCCUCGCGCAGCGGCAAGAUUGCCGGUGCCGCUCUAGACGUUUUCCCCAACGAGCCGGCUGCUAACGGUGACUACUUCACCAACGAUCUCAACCAGUGGGGCGAAGAUCUGCGUGGGCUCAACAACAUCAUCCUCACCCCCCAUAUUGGUGGCAGUACUGAAGAGGCUCAGCGCGCCAUUGGUGUAGAGGUCGCCGAUGCUCUCGUGCGCUACAUCAACCAGGGUGUCACCACUGGCAGUGUCAACGUGCCCGAGGUUACUAUGCGCUCUUUGACGCUGGAUGAGCCCAACCACGCUCGCGUCAUCUACAUCCAUCGCAACGUGCCUGGUGUACUGCGCAAGGUUAACGAGAUUCUCGCCGAACACAACGUCGACAAGCAGAUUUCGGAUUCCAAGGGCGAUCUUGCGUAUCUCAUGGCUGACGUUAGUGACGUCAAGCAAGACGAUAUCAAGAACAUUCGCGACAGCCUGGAUUCUCUCAGCUCGCGCAUCCUCACUCGCAUCCUUUACUAAACGGGAAGGAUCGGAACAGCGUACAUGGCAAGAAAAGGGGGUUAAGAGUUGCCUUGGGGUGCGGUCAUGAGUCAUGAUAUCUGGAGUCGCGGAGUCCGUCGGGUGGAUGCACAAACAACGAUUUCAACAUGAUCUCUUUCUCUUACGGUAUGCCCACCCGGUGCGUGUGCGUCCCGAGGAAGGGGAGAGGAAAGGUCGAACAUGACAACGUUCCUGGCACUGGUUCAACAUCUAGUCUUUUUCAUCAAGUUUUGGUUUUUUUGGGUCAUUGGGAGCGCAAGUACAAAAUACGGCAUGGCAGGUUCUUAAAACAGGACAAAAGGGGAAAAUGCCUUUGAACGAAGGCGUCGACAAGUCGAUGGUGUGCAUUCUGGAAAAGGAUCGGAAAAAGGUAUCAUCACCUGGCAUCGAUAUCCAUCAUGUUGUCACCAACAGUCAACGAUUAUACCUACUAGAUAAUACAGACAUCUCUUCCAACAUUUCUCGAGGUCGAAUGGGAUAUGGUACAGAACUCCCGGCUUCUUCACAUGCUGCUGUUACCACCAUUGGAUUUCCAUCAUUUCGGGUCUUUUUUUUUUUCAAUCUGUCGAUUGGCUGCUGCGGCACGACAUUCCCACUUCACCAAUGAUUGUAGCUAUUCAGCCAAGAUGUCCCGGGCUUGGAACGCGGAUAAGGUCGACGACGAGGUGUUGCGCACGGACUGCUUCGUCAACUGGCUCAUACGGUAGAACAUGCUGCACCCGCUUCUCCAGUUCUGUACACGUGCAGAUAUGAGGGUGACUCAGUGGCCUUCCCGUUCCGACCUAAAGGUGGAAGGAAGACAUCAUUAUAUCCAGUGUCGUUUCUGUCGCGGGUUAAUGAUAAGUGCUUCAACCUUUCAGAGCUACAACUGAUAAUUGAUAUCAAGCGAGAUCUCAAUUGCCUUACUAACCAGCGGAUGGAAUUAUUAAACAGAACGGUUUGCUCACGAAGCAGAACAGCAUCGGGCCGGCAUCAUGUCAGUCACCGUCAUGGGUGUCAUUAUCACCGAAACAGACUCAUUCCCAACACACCGGUGGAUGACGUCCGAGUGAGGGACGGUGUUGACUCUGAAUUGUAACAGUAGUCACUCGUCGUCAAUCCGGCCACGGAGCAGACAAAAGGCGGCGACGACGCGGAGUCGGCGGCAAACCACCAAAAGCACCGCCUUUCUC